GUGCAAUAUAUUUAUUUUUUUACUAUUACCUGUUUUUAUUUAUUUAAUUGUAGAUUAUUAAAUUAUUUACUGUAACAAGUGUACCUAGUAGUGAUUUUUUUUCACCAUACUGGUUUUUUAAAUUAUUAAUAUGAAAUAUUAAAAAUAUUUUUACUUAUAUCUAUGCAGUGUAAUGGAGCUAGAUUUAAAUUAUAACAAUUUUAAAUAGUUAUGUGUACUUAUAGUUUUAAUUAAUUUUAACUAUUAAACUAGAAUGGAAGGAACAUUAAGCAAAUGGACAAAUGUUGUUAAGGGUUGGCAAUAUCGUUGGUGUGUUCUAGAUGACAUUUCUGGGACACUAUCAUAUUAUACGGUAAGCAUAAAAGUAAAUCAAAUUUAGGUAGUUAUAUAAUAUUAAUUUCAUUAAGAUAAGUGAUACCUAUAUACAUUACAUUUUUGAUAUGCAUCCUUUUAAGCAUCUAACUACCAAUAAAAUAUUGCCCAAUUGUCCAUUUAAAACUUAAUAAACAAACAUUAAAAAUAAUAUAUAAAUAGGCAGUUACUUACAUAAUACAAUACCUUGGUAUUUAAAUUUGAAUAAUGUAAAUGUAUUAAUUUAAUUUAAUUUUGAUAUACUUUAUUAAUUUUUAUUCUAUAAUGAAAUCAAAACUCCUCUAUUUAUAUUACAGUCUUUUAGUUAUGUUCAAUAUUUUGUACCUACAUAUCAAUUAAAUUUUUUCAUAUUGAAUAUAAUUUACAUCUUGGAUAAGCAAUAAUAUUAGAACUUCACAGGGUUUUUCAACUUGGAAUUUUACUUGUUGACUUUUGACCUUAUUGCAUGUAUAUAAGUACUUAAUUAAUUUAAAUAUAUGCGUGAGUUACUAACAAGGUAUUUUUUUAACUUAGCUUGUAUGAAAAUUAGUAUACUAGACUAAUUAGUUGAAAAGCUGCCAUUAUCUAGGACAUUAUUUUGAGAAAUACAAUUCAAUAUUGUAUAAUUUUUGAAUUAAAUUGAAAUACAAAUGUUAGCUCGAUAUUAGAUUUUAUGAUAUUGCAUUUCAAAAAAAUUUCAAAUUUUAAUUUAAAUAUAAUUUCAAGAUAAUUUUGAUAUUUUCUUAUUUGUCAUAAAUACAUUUUUUGGUUUUCCUUAAUUUACAAGUAAAAUGUUGAAACAUUAUUUUUAAAGUAGGUACUAGAUAUAACUAUCUCUGUUUAUUUGUAUAUCCAGUAAGCUUGAUAAAGAUUGUUGGGCGUUGUAAAACUUAUAGCUCCCAGCAUGAACCCUAUACAUUUUCAAUGGGAGGGAAUGUAAUCAGUAAUAAUCAAAAUUUAUAAAUUAAGCUUUUUUCUUGUAACUUGGCUGCAUGCUAAAGUAUAUAGUUUCAGGAUAAAAUUUGUAUAAAAUGGGAUGGGCAUUGGUGUAACUAGACUAUCAACUUUGGGUGUGCUUAAAUUAUAGAUAGAUAAUUCAAAAACCUGUGGAGACCCCUAGUAAAUUCUAAUUGCACCUAUAGCUGGGGGCGUAACCCUUAAUUUCCCUACUAUGUGUACACAACUGGUUUUCAAACUUGAUAUAAAGUUGAAAUAUGACAUUUUUUUUAUCUUAUUCCUUAUGUUUGCUGAAUGUUAUACUAAGCUGUAGUUAACACUAAGUAAACAUCUUAUAUUUUCAUAUAUUAAUAUAGUUUUAUAAACUAUUACAUAAUUGGUUUUUAUAUUUAAAAAAUAAAGUGAAUAAUAUUCAAGUACCUACCUUAUAAUAUUUGAAUAACUAUGAUAUUAGAUAUACUAUAUAAUACCAACCUAUCUAUACCUCAAUAUUUAAAAUAUGAAAUGUUUAACACAUAGGUACCUAUAUUUAAUUCUCAAAAUGCAUAAUAAAUUCAUUUUUUGUUGUGCAAAUGCAAAACAUACAACAUUUUACAAUUUAAGUUCAUAAUAUAUUAUUUUACUAGGCAUGUUUCAAUACUUCAACAAAUAUGUCAUAGGCAAAUUUCCUCUCAUACAAAUUAUUAAAAUAAUUAAAUUCAUUCAAGUAAAAAAAAAACAAAAGAAUAAUUAUUAUAAUAAUAUACAUAAUUAGAUAUUAAUUAAUUUUUUCUAUAUACGAUUUUACUUCUUCAUUUUUUUUUUUCGUAUUAUAUGUAUUUUUAUAAAAUUUAUAGAAUAGGUAAGAUAAUACUAUUACAUCAGGUAACAUUCCAUAUAAGUACAAAUCAGGCAUGUGGCAACUUGACGGUAUAACUUGUAUUGUAUGUACUAGUAGAAUACCAAAUUGAAUCUAAGUGUAAAUUAUAUGUCUAUAGUUUUAGGUAUUUUUUUAUAAUUUAAAUUGUAUUAUGUAAAUAAUUACCAAUUGAAUAAUAGUCACAUAUCUUUUGUAUUUGUUUGUAUAUUUAUGAUAUUGAGGUCUCAUUAUUGCAAUCUGGUAAUAUGCAUACAUGAUAAUAUGUACUAUUGAAUUUACCAAAAUUGGAAAUGAAGCCAUACCACCUAUUGAAGUUAAUUAAAUAAUACUAGUGUUAAAAAAAAAAAUCAAUACAUACAAUGUUUAGUUAUUAUAUGCUUCAUAUACUUAGGUACCUGGAAAGAAUUUUACAGCUGCCCAUGCUAAGAUAAAUGUAGAUGCAUGAUGAUACACAUGAAGUCCAGAAACUUGUUGUGUUUUCUUGCGUAGUAUGAAAAAUGCCUAAAAUUAUAAUUAUGUUAUUAAUUUAUAAUUAACUCAUUUACAUGAACAAUUACGUUUUUAAAUUAAUAUAAUACAAAUAUUUUUUUUCAAUAUUAGUAUUUAAGUAAUAUGGACAUUGUACAAUCUAAAAAUUAUUUUGAAUUUAAAGAAAGUAUAAUGUAGUUUUAAUUGUUUACAUAGAGCAGACCUUAAACCUUAAAUUAAAAAAAUUUCAAAUUUUGAUCCAAAUAUUAUAACAUAUUUUAAUGUUUUUGUUUAAUUCUAUAUAAUAUUUAAAUAGGUACAUACAUAUUUGAUUUAGUUAGUACAACUGAAUAUGUUAUAAAUAACACCAUAUUAUUAUAUAUUUUAUAAAUAUAUUCUCGUAUUUAUAUUUGUAUAAAAAAAAUCAUGAACACUAGAAAACUUAUUUAUACAAAAAUUAUUGACAGUAAUUUUAUAGUAAAACAAAUGGUUGAUGGGUGGGCACACAUGAUGGGUGGGCCACUGUUGAGGGUGAGAAGUUGGGAAAGUAGAGGAGAAAUUUAAUUUGUAUAUCUGUACGCAACAAUCAAUCAUUGGUAACAAAAACGAUUGUGAGCGAAGUUCGUUUUUACCUGUUUUGAAAGGCAGUAAUAUUUUUGAUUUGAAAAUAAUACACUCUGUGAAUUUCCUUGUUUUUCACAUUUAUUACGAAAACCUCUGAGAAAACUAAACAAAAUGUCCUGCUCAAAGUAUCACCCCAAUAAAAUUUCCCUUCAGAAAAGGUGUUACACUUGAAAAUCAGAGAUAAAUUUCUGGUAGAAAAGUUGUUCAUAAAAAGUAAAAAAUAUAUGUAUUUAUACAUCAUUGUAAAACCAAUACAUUCCUCGUUCUGUUCAGAAUCAAAAAUUAAAAUACUAUUAUUGAUACUGAUGUACUAUUUGUAUAUUAUACAUAUUUUUUUGGAAAAUUUAAUAUAAAACCACUUGAGUUUAUUUAUAUUAUUAAUGUUUUGUAGUCUACAGGAAUUUGGUACCCUAUAAAAUUAAAACAAAUUCAUUUAGAAGAAUAAAUAUAUUAUUUUCUACAAUAGUCUAAUUUUUUUAUUUAAUGAAUUAAUACAAAAUAUAUUUUUCAGGGUCAAGGCUACUGCCUGCCCCCUCUCAAUCCAAGUUUGCUUUUAAGAAAAAGUAAAACUUGCACAUUCUCUAUGCAUUGAUGCUACUUCGUUCACCUAAUUUUCAUUGUAGAAAUAAUUAUAUUGUUAACUGAAUUGUGAUAGUGCAUACAAGUUAUAAACAAAAACAAAUUUACUGGAUUAAAAACUAAAAAAAAUUUUUAAUCAAUACAUUAAUAGGUAUAAUGUUAUCUUUGAAGUGUAGAACAUACAGUGUUGUUUUGUAACAUUAUUGUUUUAUCAUUAUUUUUACUCAUAAAUAUUUCAAACUCUGUAUUUAAUGAAUGCUGCAUCAUUAUUUAUUUAGUGUUUUUGUCCUAUGUAAAACAUUACUGCACAAUGUUUUUUAUGUUUAACUUUUGGUAUUAAAAUUGUGGAUACAGAGGUUAACUAUUUUACUAAUCUUAUUAAUAAUCUUAUCUAGUUUUAAUCUUAUGAGAGUACAUGCUAGUGAUAAAUAAUUACUUUAAUUUUGAAGUAAUUCGCUCAUAAACUUAAACAAAAAAAUAAAAAUAUUUAUGUAAAAUGAAAUGAGCUUUACUCAGAAUCUAUAAUAAACUCUAUAUAAAACUUUGCUAGAAUUGCCCCUGAGUACUUGAAUUAGUUUAUCAGGUUUUUAUUUUUUGAAAUAAAUGAGUACUUACAGUUUCAAGAAAUUCAACCAACUUUAGCAUGUAUGUCCACCAAAAUAGUUUGGCUAACUAAAAAAUAUAAUUUUACACAUUGGUAUUAGCUUUACUUUCUUGCAAAUGUUACAUAUUAUUUUCAUGACUUACUCGAUUUGAGUGUGGUGCAUUAAAGUCAACUGGUUCACAUCCAAGACUAUAUUUAGUUGUCCACCCAGAAAUUAAAAUCUACAACCAUGAAAACAAAUUUGGUUAACUUGUAUGCAAAAUAUAAACAAAUAUUUCAAAUAAUACUUUCCAUGUAAAAAAUGAAUGUACAUGAUACCAACUGAAUUACAUUAUAAACUUUGAUGAUAGAUAGUAAGUUAAAUGGUUUUCUAUUUUCCAUUAAUUUGGGUCCUAAAUAUAAAACCAAAUAUAAAUAAACUAAGAUACAUGUUAAUGUCGGUGUGAUUCCUUGAACCAAUGGCCAUUCAUUAGUUCUAGGAUCUGAAAAGUGAAAAAAAAAUGCAAAUUAAUUUUAUUGAUAUGUGAUUUAUUUUUCUUCAAAUUUAAUGUUUGAUGAAUUUAUUCAAAUUGUGACUAUAAGUAUAAGACAAGUUUAAUAACUAAUAAGUAAGUAGACAAAUUUUCUAGUUUUUAAACAUCAAAUGCAGAUAUCUACAUAGUACCUAUUCAUAUAUAUUAAUAUUAUAUAGUAUAUUUAUUUGUCAUUAUUUAUAAUAAUAACAUAAUAAAAUAAAAAAUGGCCUAGUUUGUUGUUUGAAGUACAUAAUAUUAAACGUAUUAUACAAAUAAGUAAUAACUGUUGGUACGGAUAUUUAAGGGGGAUAUCAUUUUUUUAAAAGGAUUUAGAAUAUUAAGUCUAAAUGCGUCCUCAUUAUACGAGUGAUUCAAUAAUAUAUGCACCAUUUUAAAUUAAUGUUUAUAAUAUGUGCAUACUUAAGACAAAUAGGUCUUACAAUAGGUCUUACCUACAUUAAAUAUGUACUAAUAUUUAAUAUUGUUCACUUACAACUAAAUAUUUAAAAUAUUGAUUAAGAAAAAUGAAAAACAAAGACAAUUUAAACCUAAUAUAUAAUAUAUAUGUUUAUUUAUUAAUAAAAUUAAAAAUUUUAAUCUGAUGAAAUUUGGAAAUUUAAGAAAUUUGUCUUUGCAAAAUAGUUUUUAUAGUUGAAUUGUGGAAAGUAGUAUGUCUUCUUAAGAAACCUAAUUUUUACUGUAAAAAAUAUUUUGUUGCACUGUGUACCAUGUGUUUAGUUUUAAUUAAUUAUAAACUAAAACAAUUAAUAUUAUUUUUAUUAAUUUCUCCUAAUAAUUUUUAUUUACACAUAAAUUAUAUUACCACGAGCCCUCUAAUUUGAACCAGUACCACGGUUAAAAAUAUAUUUAAUUAUAGUCAGUACCUGAAUGUGAAGUUCAAAAGUUCUAAAUGGAAGAAUAAAUAACUGCAAAAAUAAUAUGGUUCUUAGUGUAGCUCUAUUAAAAAUGUUUUGCUAAAUUUUAAUCAAAUAUUUUAUUCAUUAUUUACUGCAAAAUAUAAUUUCUAAUUCUUAGGGAUUUUGAACUUAAUUAACUUAUUAAUUGAUUACCUAACCAAUAAACUAAAUUAUUAUAGCUUUAAUAUUUCUCAAAUAAUAAAAUAAAUAAAUAAAUAAAUGCGUAGCUUGGAUAAAAUACUGAAAUACUUGGCGAUGAGUAUUUAUUGAUUAUACUUUUAUGAGCAUUUCAAUUAUUUUGGAAAAAUCGCUAUUUUUAUCUUUGACGAACUUUCCGUUGUGUAUACAUUCUUUUUAGGAGAAUUUGUGAAUCUGAAACUAAGCAGUUUUAGCACAAGUUUUAUCAGUUAAAAAAUGAAAUUUAAAUAGUUACUCAUAGGUAGGCCACUGUUGUAAGUGGGUUUUUGGUAAGGUAGAAUAAUUAAGUUUAAAUACUGUGUGCAACGAUAAAUUAUUUCGAACAAGAAACCGAUUUUGAGUGAAGUAAAUACUAUUAAUGCAGUUGUGUUUUUUUCCUUGUUGCCAAGAUAAUUCAGAAAUCAAUAAAAAACAAACAACAAGAACUUAACAUUUUGAUAAAUAGUUCAAAUAAAGUACGAUUUGCCGGAAAUUUUGAAGUCUAGUAUAAAAAAAAAGACGAGCAUACCUCACACGUUGGUGGGCUACUGUUGUAGAUGAGAAGUUGGUUAGGUUAGGUUGCUUUGUCAACAAUAUAUAUGUCGUAUUAUGGUAAAAUAAUUAUAUAAGCGUUAUAUAUUUUUUUUAAUAAUAUUUGUUUAAUAUUGUACCUAUUUUCCUGUUUUCCCUGUUUUUCCUCGUUUAUCCCAUUUAUCAGAAAGUUCUUGGGAAAAUCAAAAAUGACCUCCCUAAAGUACCACCCCAGUUAAAUUUCCUUUCAGAAAAAAAGUGCUAUCAUUUUAAAUCGGAGGAAAAUCGUAUGCAGAAAAGUUGUUCAUAGAUAUAAAAAAAAAAAAAAAUAGGUAAAUAAACAUUAUUGUGAAACUAAUACAUUCCUCGCUCCACUUAAAAUCUAAAAUUAGAAGAGUAUUUAAAAUUAUUUGAAAAAUUGUUUGAAAAGUUAUCAUUAGGAAAAAAUAUUAGAAUACUUAGAGGUAUCUAAUCUAAGAUUUUUUACUAACCGAAAAAGUUUUUCGAAAAAAAAACACAGCUUUAUAAAACGAAUAGGUUAAGUUAGCUGUUCGUUAUACUCAGAUAUUAAUAGUUACACCUGUCAACAAUUUUUCAAAAUAGAAAUAUGUUAUGAUAAAAUGGAAUUAUUCUGCCUAAUUACGUAGACGUAUAAUAAACAGAUUUACAGUAAAAUCGUUUAGACAAUAUUUUUAUCAAAAUUAUUUGAAAAAAUGAAUGUCAAUUAAAUUCAAUUAUUUAUUUAUAACUAAUAGUUGUUUAUAAAUUAUAAUUUAAAGGCAUUAAACAUUAUUUAAAAAAAUGUACGUACCUCCAUACUGAUCAACAAAAGCAUCAAGCUUGUCAACAAAUUCUUUCGUCACCUCCAUCAAUUUAACUUAUUUAAAAAUGUGUGAAACUACCAUCUACCCUAAAACAUUAGUCCCUAACGAUGUAAUUGAACUAGAGUAUUGCCACUGUCGCAACACGUGUUUUAUCAGUCGAAUAAUUUUUUUUUUUAAUAGACAUAUUUUAAUGUCUCCUGCCUACUUGUUUUUAAGUUAAUUAACAUAAUAAUUGAGUAUUAUCGGUUUUUGAAGAAACAUAUCUUUGCGUAACUUUCUUAUGUCGCGGAUAAUAUUGAGGUUGCUGUAUAAUAUUGUGUUAGGCAUAAUAUGUAAAACAAAAACAAUGGAUUAUAUCGACUGUUAGUUGUUACUUUACAACCAUAAAUAAGUAGGUACAAGAGUUUGAAUCUAGUAUAAUUCUGUGUCUACAGCGUCACCCACAUUAUUUUAUAAAACUGAAUCGUUUUGCCCUUACAUAUGUACAUUAUUAACUUCCUUUAAAUGUUUUUAUUAUCAUUAUUAUUUCCUGUGCUUACCUAUACAUCACUAACCAUCGAACCAUAAACAUGUUUUAUGUACUGAUAUUUUUAUGAUUGCUUCGAACUGAUUGAACAGGUUUAAAAUUACAUCUGUGAUUCACGAUUCCAUUAAAUAUUUCUUUAUUACGUGUUGUUGUGUCGUUUUGGUCACAAAAAUCAUGUAGGGUUUACAACCUAAAAUGUUCGAGCAGUAAGGUUAAUAAAUAGUUUGUGUUUAUUUUUUCGGAGAAUAGUCAGUAGUCAGUGCCGCAAGAACAGAGUACUGGGCCUGUGUGCAGUAAUAUUAGUUCAUAUGGAGUAUAACUGGACCCCAUCUAGCAGUGCCACAUUUUUAUUUUUCGGUAAAAAACGAUUGAGCAAAAUUUGCGCAGUCGUGUAUAUUUUAAUAGCCAUUAAAAUAUAUACGCGAUUGCGCAAGAUUUUAAAUGCAACGUUGCCAUGUUUACAUAAAUAAAUAACUUUAACAUCAUAUAUUACAAACCGCGUUCUGUGUGGAAACCCCAAUUUAGCCACAAAAAAUUAUUAUCAAUGUUCAUAACCAUGUAAUUUUAAAAUGUGUAAAAAUAAUCAAUUAUUUCAUUGACUGUAUGUCGUACACUGGGGUCGUACAACUAAUACGUUAUGAUAACGUUGCAUUUAAAAUCUUGCGCAAUCGUGUAUGUAUUUUGAUAGCUAUUCAAAUAUACACGAUUGUGUGUACAUUUUGCUCAAUGAUGUUGUAGCCACAUUUUUUGCUCUCUGUGCAAUCGAUUGAUAAAAAAAACAUAAAGAGCUAAUACUAAGGAUGGUUUUGCAAUUGUUUUUGGUGAAAAGUUGGGAGGGUAGUAAUAUUUCGAUAUUCGUCAAAAUUUGAUAUGAAAAGUAAUUAAAUACUAUAUUACAUUCAACUUUUUUUUUUUUUGAACACUCAGUACAACUUCUAAUGAACCUCUUGUUAAAUUUUCAAGCGUUUUUUUUUUAGUUAAGCAAUUUUAUCCACAGAGUACCUACCAAAUAACAAUUAAGUAAAAAGUCUAUAUAAAUAGCUCAUAAAUGGCUUAAAUGGUUUUAAACAUUUUUUACCACGUCUAGAAAAGGAAAAUAUAAGUGUUCUGUCAAAACAUCUAGUCUCUUUGAAUAUUUUUAACUGAAUUACAAAAUUUAAAAUAAAAAAAAAAAAAUAUUUUCGUAGAUUUUUUCGUUUUUUCUACACAUUUUACGGUUUUGCUUAAUUAUUAAAAAAAAACUAUUAAGAAAACCAAAAUAAAAAAAGGCUUCCUUAGUCAUCACUUCAACUAAAUUGAAAAUUCAAUAAACAAGAUAUCUUAUUGUUUUAGAGCAAUAUUUUUGAUAAAAAACAAAUUGUAAAAAUUUUAAAUAAAGGAAUCCUAGUGCCGCUGUAAAUAUAUUUUAAUUCAUCCAUUUUUUCUUAAUUUUUACAAAAUCUACCAAGAAAGGUUUAUUACUUCAUCAAGAACUAGAGUAAAAAUGCAAAAAAAAUGUCUUGUCGUUUUUUCUAUAGGAGCAAUAUUAAUGGUAGAAAACGUAAUCCGUAAACAUUUAAUAAAAUAAUGAAAUCGUCGCCAUAAUUUGAAAAAUAUCGUAUUUUUUGUCAUUUUUGGGUUUUCCUAAUUAUUGUGAAAUCCCAUGGAAUAUCAAAAAAUGACCUCUCUAAUGCACUAACUCGCUACCCUCCAAAUUUAAGAAUAUUAUAAUACAUCAUUGUAUCAAAAAUUUUUUUUUUAUUGAUUAUAAUAUAUAUAAUUAUAUAAAAUGUAUAUAAGUGCUUAACAGGUUAUAAUAUAAUUUAUAUUAUAAAGUUAUAUUAUAAUUAAUUUAUAAUUAAUAAUAAUGUUAUAUAAGCAGGACCGGCGUUAUGACUUGCAAGGCCCUGAAUAAAUUUAUAUUUUUGUAAGACUUUUUUUAGCGUACUACUUUUCUCACUUAAUGAUUGUAAUAAUACCCAACUCUUGGCCAUGGCUGGGAAUACUGUUUGCUAAGACAACGUGCGUGUACUUGUACGUGUUCUUCCGAAAAACGUCGUUACAUUUCUAUAAAAAUAUUUUUACAAUUUUAUUCUCAUUACAAUUAUGCCAUCUUUUUUGGGGGGUUCACAAGCGCGAGGUUUCUGAAAGCGCAAGGCCCUGGACGUAAGCUCUGCUUGCCCUACUCUAACGCUGACCCUGUAUAUAGGUAGUAGGUACAGACACAAUUAGUUUAAUACAAAAUAUUUUUUCUAAAUCUAGUUUAUCAGUUUGGCUUCUUUCUAUACUGAGAAUAACGACGUUUCUAAGUCUGUGUUGAGACAUGGAAUUGUCCCGAAAUGACCUUUUCUCAAUGUCCCGAGUGUGUCCGGAAAAUGGUAUCACCCGAGUACGUCCUUAUAAUAAAAAGGUAAUUUUUGCACUUAGUCUGAAUGCGUCCCAAUUCAUUUACUUUAGAGUACUGCACAAGGAGGUAAACUAGCUUACACCUCAAAAAUGUUUAUUUUUUUUAAUAUUUUGUGUUGUAUUUGUAUUAUUUUUAUGUUUUUCUUACACUUAUUAAUUUAGGGUGAGUGUACUAAUUUUAGACUAAAGUUUUACUACAAAUGUAUUAUAUUACAGGCCGGUGUUUUAAUGCUAUUCUUUGGUAAAAUCUAAUCUCGAUUAUUGUUAAUAUUUUCUUCGAUGAAUGAAAUUUUUUUGAGUGUACUUUCUUUUUGUUUUAAUGUUAUUUCUGUGGCUGUUCAGAUUUCUAUUUUUGUGUCCAUUUAAAGUUUUUUCAAUAUUUCUAAAAAUGUAUAAAUAUAUGGGUGGUGUGUAUGAAAUAAAGAAGUGUACUUAGAAUGCAAACUUUCACAUGGAUUUGUUGUUUUUUCAGAACUACUUCUCAUUUCUGCCCACAUGGAAAUAAGAAAUUUUACUCAGAAUUCUCUAUUAAAUAGACCAUAAAUUCUUUAAGUUCUAUGUUCCGGCAUUAUAGGUAUAAGAUAUUCAACAAAAAGUUUCUCAACAUCUUCUUUAUAUUUUAAUAAUAGUAAUAUAAAUAAAUUUUGUAAUUUCCAAAAUUACAGCACUAUUUCUUUUUUUCGUUCACUAGAAAACUACACACUAGUCGUAGUCUAGCUUAUUUAUUAUCAAAAUUGAAAUAAAAUUCUUUCCCCACUUGUUAAAUAAGUUUAUCAUAUAAAAUGGGUAACUACAGCUGCGGAUAAUUUAUCAUACGACUGAGGAUUUAUCGAUAAGAUUGCGGACGCACUUGGGUUAUGAAAAACUCAUAAGGUAAAAAUGUUAAACGGGACGCACUCGGGGUAUCCUCAUUUAUACAGGGUUAUUAAAACGCCGGAUGCUAUGUCGCCACAAAAAUGAUGCUCCAUUAUUCUCUCCUAUCCAAACUUAAAAGUGAAAUAUCUCACUAACAGAGUGACGGAAAUUAUAAAUGUUCUACUCCAAAAUUCAAUUAAAUACUACUCCAUCUAUUUAUAGAAUUUCCACUAUAGGUUGUCAUUUGAAAAUCAAAAGUAAGUAGUUGUUCCACCAUCAAAAAUAAGGCUGUCAAGAAAUAAUAUUAAUAUAACACUUUAGAGCUGCUUGUUUCUUUAGUAGGCAAAAACGAUUUUUUGAAAAAAGUUAAUACUUUUCGAAAUAUCGAGUGUAGUUACUUAAGUGGAUCACUUUAUACAUUUUAUAGAAUUUCAAAGAAGGAAUUCCGAUAGAUAUCUACUGGUUAACGUUUUUAUUGAUAAAUAAUGUUUGUAAUAUUUUCUAUUUCUUUAAGACUUUUUUUCAUCAAUCAUACAAUAUUUAAAUGACUACUAUUUCAUAUUGUUAUUACUUUUAGUUGAAUAUUUUAGUUUGUUUUAUUAUUUUAACUUUAUAGUGUCAAUAGCGGCGAAAGACAGAGAAAACCCAAUUGAUGUGUUGUACAACAUGUAGAUAUUUUUAGAUUUUGAUCGUAGCAAGAAAUGUAUUAGUUUUAUGUUUUUUUUUUAAAAUUAUAUUUAUUUUGUUUUUAUUUUGUCUGUAAAUAAUUUUUCUCCUAGAUAUCUUGUUCUGAUCAUCAGCUUUAGGGGUUGUUUCUGGUAACAAAUACAAUUUUCGAUUUAAGUUUAUCAAAACAUGUUUAAUCGACUUUGCUUUGAAUCAUUUUUAUUUUAAAUGAUUUAUUGUUGUGAACAGAUAUAAACAAAAUUACUCUAUCCAUAUAAUUAUUAUCUUACUUUCACAAUUUGCAACCUAUAAUAGUAAACCGCCCAUAUGUUUUUUUAUAUUACAUGUGACAUCAUACUUACCGCAAAUCACUGUUUGUAGUCCUUGAUCUAGUUUUAUUGAGUAUUAUUAUUUUAAUAAAAUUGAUUAAAACAAAACAGAACGAUUAUUAGCAGAAUUAAAUUUUUUAUUGAACUAAAUAACUAGGUAUUACUCUUAGUGAAUCAUAUUAUUAUUUUAGUUAAUAGCGCAUUAAUAUUAUAAUACAAUUUUUGUACACAUGUUUUUUAUUUUAUAAUAAAAAGUUUAUAAAAUAAUUCUGAACUUCUGGUAAGCAAGUUUACUAACACAUUUAUUUCUAACUAUUAUGUAUAGUUUUGGUUUUAUUAUUAAAAAUAAAAAAAGAAGUUUAAAUUCUUGGAUAUAGUAAUAUAAGUUGUAAGAUUUUUUACACAGAAUAUUCAUUUUACUUUUUGUGAUGUAUUAAUACAUCAUGCAUAUAUUUGGGUUUACAUAUUAGUAAUGAUAUAUGUGAUAUACAUACUUUGUUUAAUAAUAAUACAAAUUAUGAUAUUUAUAAUUAUUUAAGCUUAUUAAAGAAUAGAUAUUUUUAUUAUACAAAAUGUCACAAUUUAAUUAAAUACAAAUCUAUAUUUUAAACAGACCAUUCAUUUGUGUUUGUACAAAUUAUGUUUUAAGUUUUUCUAAAUUAGAUUUUUGUUUGUAUGAUUUUCUAUAAAAUCGAAAGAACAUAAAAAAUACAAUAAAUACAUUUGGUACAAAUAUAAAUAUAAAAGAAGAAGGGAUUGAACAGUCAACAAACGAAAAUGACAACGUAUUGAUGAUGAGAAUACAAAAUUGUACCUAAAAUAGAAACAAGGGUUAACAUUAAAUGUAUGCAAUAAAGUUAAUAGGCACAUAAUAUAAAUUCAAAAAUAGCUUGACUGCACAUACUAGUACAAGAAAAUAAAACUCAUGUUUAAUUACACAUUUUUGCUUAAAUCGAAAACUUAUUUUAAAUUCUAGUUUUAUAUAGAUAUCCAUUUAUUUUUUAAUGAAAUUAUCUAAAAUUGCUUACCAUUUGUAUGAUAGUAAUGCACUUCUUGUAAUUAUUAAGUUUUCUUUGUAUUCCUGGUCCCAUGGAUGAUAAUAAGUAGUAUGAAUACAUUAUUAUGUGAACAAUAUUAUUUAUUACAAAGGAUAAUCGAACAAUACCACCUAUAUAAUAAGAACAUAUUUUGAUGAAUCAAAGAUAUUAUUAUAAUAUUUAAUUUUAGUUAUUAUAAUAAUUAUUUUUACCUUAUAUAAAUCUUAUUACUUUAUUCUAAUUGCUGUGAUUUGAUAUUGUAACUACGACUAUAUUAAAUCUAAAUGAAGUUUUCAAUUUAUAUACUGGUGUAUUGUCUAUUGCUCCAACUGUGUGUUUUUUUAUUAAAAUUGAAUAUGAGCAACCCCAUUGUUCUCCUAAUAUAUUAUGCAUACUUUAUAUUUUAUCUACUUUAUACAUAGUGAAAUAUCGAAUAAAAAAGCAAUUAUUUGUGUUUAAUGAAAAAUAAUAUAAUACAAAUCAGAAACAACUCUUAGAAUUAUUUGGCUCUAAGAAAAAAUAUCAAUGCUAAAUUUCUAUAUUUCUUGUUCUUGGACAUGAAAAAAAAUGAGGCUCUAGAGAAAAACUGUGGCCGAGACUUUUUAUAUGCCAAGUCGACACUGAAUCCUAUGUACAAUUUUCAAAACUUCUGGACAUUUUUUAAGCCAUUUACAGUAAUUUAACAUUGUCUAGGUUUUUCAGUUUUUAUAUAGUUUUAUAUUUGAAAUUAUAUACUAUUAUUUUGGCUGAAUAAAAAUUUGAAGCUUUUUAUAAGUUGCACUUACUAUUCAAAAAAUAGAUCUUUUUCCAAAUGUUUAAUUUCAAAUUUUGAUGAAAAUCUUAAAAAUUACAGUACUUAUUUCAAAUCAUGUAAAACCAAACUUUAAUUCAUAAUCGUAUUUCAUUAGUAGUGGUUUUUAUAUUUAUAUUUAAAUUAGUUCAAUAAAUAGAAUAUUUUGUAUAAUUACCAGGAUAUGCUCUUGCUACUGCCCAUGCUAGUAAAUAAGUUGUUACGUGAUGGUAUAAAUGAAGUGCUGAAAUUUGAUUAUGUUUUUUCCUAAGUACGAAGAAAAUCUGUAAAUAUAUAUACAGGUACAUAUUAUAUAUUAAUGCAUUAGGUGUUAAUUAUAUUUAUUUUCUAAUAAUUUUCUUACGGUUUCAAUGAACUCGGACAAUUUUAAAAUUGAUGACCACCAAACUAGGUUAGCUACCUGAAAAAGUAAAUUUAGUAUUUUUUCAAUUGAUCAAGAUUCUAUCUAGAUUUAUAUAAUAAUAUUUUGUUGUUAUUUACAUGUCGUGUCAUUGGAUUAUCAGCGAUAUCUAUUGGAUCACAUCCAAAUUUUGGUCCUGAUUUUAUAAACUAUAAAUAAUUAUAAAAUAAAUAAAUAAUAAUAAUAAACCAUGCAUAAAUUAAAUAUAAAUUACUUCUAUAGAAAGAUAUGUACAAGCUAAUAUUUGACCGAUGUUGUAGAUUGCCAGUGGUUUUUUAAGUGUAAAAGGUUUUUUAUUUGUCAUAUAGUUAGGACCAACAAACAUAACAAAAAUAAUGUAUAUUGUAGACAAUAAAAUUGGGAUUACAGAUGUUGACACCAUUGGAAAAUGUUUAGUUCUAAAGUCUAAAAAUUAUAACUUGUAAUAGAUUUUUUAAAAAUAAUACAAUUUAAUAAAGUUCUCACCAGGAACCAGAUAAUUGUCUAGGAACUCAAAAACAUCCAUCACCACCAUUUUUUCUUGUCAAAUAAUUAUUUAGGUAUUUGAAAUAAUACACAUAAACAAACCAAAGUAGUAUUUGUCACUGAUAAAUUAUAAAAAACAUUACAUUUCAAAUAGAAAUUGUGUAUCCACUAAAUUUCAAUUCUCUGUAUAACUUCUGCAUGUGCCAUCAAUCAAAUUGAAUUAUUUAAAUGUAAGUUUUAACUGUUCUGGUAAAAACUUAAAAAAUAUUUAUUUUUUUUUUUUAUACUUAUGCAAAACAGUAUGCACAGUUCAAAAAAACAGUAUUUCCUGGGUGCUCAUAAUAAAUUCAUUAAUUAAAAUAAAGGUCAAAGACCAUUGUUGGCAUAUUUUAAAAUUUAAAAGAAGGGCUUUGCACUUUAAAGUGGUGUAAAAAGAUUAGUAUUUUGAGCAAGAAUAUAAUAAUAUACUUGGUAUUCCUUUUAUCUUUAAAUUAUUGUUGAAUAUCAAUAACAGAGCCAAAAUGUUUUUUCGGGAGGGAGGGGCUUAGUUUUUAAUACCUAAAUAAUAUAGUCAAAAAAUUAAAUUCACACAACUCUGUUGACAAUGUCAUAUAAUAGGUAAAGUUAGGUAAAGCAAUAUAAUUCACCAAAAAGCGACAAAUCUCUUCCAAGAAAAGGAACUUUCCUGAACUUUAUUACGCACUCAAGAUUUCCAAAAUGUUUUUCUCUCACACACAUUUGUUUAUAGAUAAAAUUAACCCUACCCCUCCCCAUACAAUUUUAUUUUACUGUAAAUAUUUUUACCAUAUACCUGCUUUGUAAAAAUACAGAAUCUAUUAUAAUCUGUAAUAUAUAUAUUAUAAUCUGAUAAGUUUUAAAGAAUAUAUGUUUAAUAAAACUAAUUUAGGUUUUUAAAAUUUCAUUAAAAAUGUCUCUGUGACAACAACUAUAGCGUCCCCCAGAGUUUGAAAUCUUAAACUUAAGGUGGCUGAUAAUUUUAUCUUAAAUAAGUAAGGAACUACCAAUUCCAUUCUCCUCCCCUUAAUUUAACCACUGGACGUUCUCCAUAUCCGGGUAAUGGACUAUCAUGGCAUUAUUGUAUCAUAUAUGGCAGUAAAUUUUAUUUUAAAUUUACUUAAAAAUGUCUGGUAUUUCGAGGAGGAAGGGUAUGCAGUGAUUUAAGUCCAGAAGUCUUGAAGUCUGGCACUGAAUAUAUUCCUAGUAAUUUAUUUUAACAUUAAUUAUUAGAAAAUUGUAUCACUCUAACGUGUACCUUAAUUUAAUUCUGGUUUUUUGGACACUGUUUUGGGAGAUACAUUAGCACAUUGUAUUAUUAUAGAAAUAAACACAGGUUAAUAUUAAUAGAACUGAGUAUUUAUUAUUGUUUAUAUUUUCCUAAAUGCUUUUCAGUUUAUAAAAUGUAAAUAAAGUAUUUUUUUUUUAAAUGAUGUAAAAAGAACAAUGUUGUUCAAUUUUUUUUUUUAAAUUAUAUAAUUAAAUAAUAAUAAUAAUAUUAAAUAUAAUUAAAUUUUUUAUACAAUUUAAUUAAUAAUUAAAUAACUAAUUUUUUAACUACAUAAUUGUAUUUUAAACUAAUGUUAGUAAAAUUAGGCAAUUAUCUAAUACCUGAAAUUUAUAUUCUAUCUUUUUACUCACUUUUAUAACACUGCUGUUUUGUUUUAGUCACGGGAAAAAAUGGUCCGAGGUGUGCGUCGAGGCUGUGUUCGUUUAAAAGGUGCAAUGAUUGGUAUAGAUGAUGAAGAUAAUCUUACGUUUACUGUGACAGUAGAUGGCAAAACAUUCCAUUUUCAAGCAAGGACCCGUGCUGACCGAGAGCUUUGGAUACGUGCUUUAGAAGAUACCAUACAAAAACAGUUGUAUGGGUAUAGAGUUAAUCAAAUUCAGGUAUAAUAAGUUAGGUAAAAAACUCUUAGUAAUACGAAUUUCACAGUACAAACGUUAAAUUUUCUAUUUUAAUUGAAUUAUUUAUUUAAUUGAACCAGUAAUCGAUUACAAAAUCGUAACAAAAAACGAUUCGGAGUUCGGUUAUACAUGUUUUGAAAGGCUGUAAUAUUUACGAUUUUCCCCAAAAUUUGAAUUUAAAACGCUUAAAAAAAAAAAAAAUACUACAUUAAACUAAAUUUUUUUUUUUAAAUUCUAAGUACAACUUAUAAUGAACUUCCUAUCAAAUUUUCAAACAUUUCUGUUAGUCUAAUAAUUUAUCUACAGAGUACCUAAUAAAUAAAAAUUACGUAAAGAAAUUCGCAAAAUUAAAAUUUCUGUAAUGUCCUGAAAGUUUUACUACGUCUAGAAAAAGUAAUUAUAAGUUUUCUUUAAACAUUUCAAGUCCACGAAUAUUUUAAUCUGAAUUACAACGAAAAAACAAAAUUGACAAUAAUAAAACCAUUAUUUUCGUAAAAUUUACGUUAUUUCUAUGUCUUUUCGAUUAUGCUCAAUAUUAAUAAAUCAACAGAGAAAAUCAUAAAAGAAUAACUUACCCUUGAACUAGAUUAAAAAUGACACUCGUUUGUCUAUUAGAGUAAUAUUUAUGGAAGAAAACAUUAGCCGUACAAAUUUAAAACCAUGAAAUAGUUGUGCUGUAAUUUGAAAAAAAAAAUUGUUUAUAUUUCGUCUCUUUUGGUUUUCCUAAUUAUUAUGAAACAUAUUUAGGAUUUUAAGAAAUGAUUUCCGCUGUUAGUAGCGGAAUAUUAAUAGGAACAAAAUCUAUCUCUUGUCAUUUUUCGAUUGAAAUAAUAUUUCUGGUAGAAAACUUAAGUGAUAAGUAUAAUAAAAUUAAAAUAAUGAAAAUGGUAACGCCGCGGCGCACUGUAAAUAUUUGCCGUUUUACCUUUAAUUUUCUUUCGAGUUUUUCCCAUUUAUUUCGAAAAUCUCUUUGAAAAUCAAAAAAUUACUUCCCAAUUCACCAAAUAGAAAAAAUUAACUUUCAGAAAAAGUGCUAUAGUCUAUAAAGCAUAUCUAUCGAAAAUUGAUUAAAUUUAAAUAAUGAAAUAAAAAUAAAAAUUUCAUUUGAACACGAAUAUUGAGUGUAUUAUUAUUAUUUAAUCUAUAGAUUAAAUAUAAUUUGAAUUUGAAUUAUUUAGUUCUUGUAGCCUAUUAAUUAUAUUAAAAAUUUGUCUUUGAAUUAUUUAUUUUAAGUAUAUAUUAUUAUAGUAUAAAAAAGAUAUAUUUUGAAAAAAAAAAAAAUUAGUUUAUUGUAAUGAAAUGAAAAAAAAAAAUGAUUUGGAUACAGGGGUUAAUGGUUAUUUAUUAGUAUUCGAACUGAAUGAUUAUUAAACAUUAAAUAUAAGCUAAUUUAUGAACUAACCUGGUGUAAUAAAAACGCUAUCAGAGUAUCUUAUUUGUUUAGGUAGGUUUCAUAAUAAUAUACAUAGUCAAUAUGAAUUAAACUUGAUAUUUUAGGUAGUUUAAAAUAUUAAUUAAUUAAAAAUAAAACAACAGGAAUAUGCACUAUGAAAGGGAAACCCAUUUUGAUAGAUUGAUAAUGAGAAAAGAUACCUGUUUCAAAAUAGGGUGUAUUAUUAUAUUACUUUUGAAGAAUCAGGUACCGACAUAAUACAACACUGGUUGCACUAAUCCAAUUCUGACCUUAAUAAUUGCUUCCGUAUUAUUUUAUGAUGUAUACAGUCUUCCAACGGAAACUUGAACCAUUUAGCUCUAGUGUUUAUUGAUUUUUUUUUUCAACUAAGUAAAUGGCAUAUAGUCUGUUUAUAAAUAUGUUGUUUAACCCUUAGUCCGUGUGUGUAUUUGAAGUUAAAUGUAUAUUAAAAAUAUUAGAACACUAAACUGUGCAUAAUAGGUAUGUAUUCAAUGCAUAAAUGUAGGAAUGAUGGGUGUAUGUUUAAGUGUUUGUAAGCCAACAGUAAGAAAAAAGGUAUUGUGGUUAUUCGUUUAGAUAUUAUUCUUAAAAUAUUAUAUACACAUUGUGAUGUAUGUGUAAUAAUCAAAUAAUUUUUUUUCGUCAGGUUAAUAAUGACACAGUCGUGCCUACAUUGGAGAGUUUUGAUAAGAAAUUGGGAGAAGCUGAUGCUUAUUUGCAACUUCUUAUUGAACAAACCAAGGUUAUAAUAACUUUAAAUAAAAUUGUAGUACUGAUAAUAUUUUAUAUACAUUAUUCUUAAAUUUUCCAGAAUUUGGAAGUAAAAAUGAGUUCAAUGUGCGAGGAAGACAAAGCACAUUGUGAAUGUAUAAUUUCAGAAACAAAUGUAAAUAUAUUUUUUUUUGCAUCUAUAUUAUACUAUUACUACUUAGAUUGACGAGUGCAGUUUUGGUAUUAUUAAUAUCAUUUAAAUUGAUACUUCAUAUAUUUAUGAUUAUUAUGCUCUACAAAUAAGGAAAUCAAAUUACCUAUUAAUUAAAGUUUCUUUAGCUAUUUUAAAAUAAAUAUGUUCUAUUAUUUAACUAAAUAUAUAAUUUGUUAUGAAAUACUACUUAAUGCCAACGGUAUUAUAUUUAAAUAAGGUUAGAUAUUUUUAUAUAGUUUAGUCAUAGUACAAUUUAUUUUCAUUUAUUAAAUAUUUGUUUUAGAAAUUAAUGGACCAAGUAAAGCAUUCAAUAGUGAUGUUACAAAUAGCUAAGGUGACUUAUUUUUCAAUAUUGAUAAAUUAAAUACCCAGUAGUUAUAAAUUAAAUAGUUUUAAUAUUUUUCAGAAUACUGCAUUCCCUGUUAAUGGAUCAUAUAGAACUACAUCUGUAUCCACAGAUUAUGAUUUUCCUAGUUUAGAAGGUAGAUUAUGUUUGAUAUAAAUGACUUUAAGUCACUAUAGAAUUACUACAUUUUUAGGAGACACAGGUAGUAUAGAAUAUGGAGCAGAAUGCGAAGAGCGAAGUAGAAGAGACUCCCAAUCCAUGGAUAAUGGUAAUAAAUAUUUCUGUUUUUCUUAUUGUAUAAAUAUAAAAGUAAGAUUUUUUUCAAAAACAACAGAUAAUUAUUAUUUGCGUUGUCAGAUAUUCCAGAUGUUUCUUAUUCUUCUUCUGAAGAUGAUUUUUAUGACGCUUACGAAGAUAAAGAAGAUUGGUCAAAACCACGUGAAAUAGAACCAAUACCUGCAAUGAGAAGAAAAUAUAAAAACCGGAUACCUGCCAGGUGAGCAUUGAUUUAGUUUUUUUUUCUGAUUGAUUUAAUAAUAUUUCCAUACAAUAAUUGAAUAAUAAAACAGUUGCCAAAAUGUAUACGUUUCGAAAAAAAAAAGACCAAGUUAAUUUUAAAACCUACCUAAUAUACAUUUAUAACAAAAACAAUUUAAUAAAAGUUAUUAUAAUACCAUCUGUAAAGUACGAUUAACCAUUGCUAGUAAAAAAAACUAUUCUAAGCGAUUUUCAGUUAUUUAUGUUUUAAAAUGCAUUCAUUUUUAUUAUUUUCAUUAAAAUUUUAUCCCUUUAAAAAAAAUAAAACUACUACAUUACAUUAAACUUUAUUUUUUUUACCAUUAAGGACAACUUAUAAUAAAUCUUGUUUUAAAUUUACAAUCAUUUUUGUUGAGUCAAACAAUUUAGUCCACAUAUUACUUACCUACCACAUAAAAACUAAAACCAAUUCUUAUAAAUAGCUCGAAAGCCGUUAAAAUGUUAUGAAUAUUUUAUCACAUAUAGAAAAGUCUGAUUUAAGUAUUCUGUAAAAAUGUUCUCCACGAUAAUUUUUAACCAAUAAAAAUUAAAAUUAGUGAAAUCAUUAAUUUUGUAAACUUUCCCGUAUUGCCUAUAUUUCUUACUCAAUAAUUAUAAAAACUGGUUGAAAUGCUAAAUAAUCAAAACAUGAUUUUCUUAUUAACCAACUAGAGCUCAAAUAAAAUUUAACAGUUUCUUAUCAUUUUUAAUCGAAAAUAUCAUGCAUUCAUGCAUACAAAUUUAAAAUAAUACAAUUGUAUGCUGUGAAAUUCUCAGUUUUCAUUUUAUUUUGUUAGUUUUUUCCAAUUAUUAUGAAAACUAAAAGUCCAAAACUUAAUUUGGAAUUUUUUUAUUUAUUAUGAAUACUUAAAUCGAAAAACUAUUUGGUAUUACAAAGAAAGAAUGGUUAUUAAUUAUAUCAAAAAUUGAAAUAAUUUUUUAUUUAUAUUUAACCACAGAAUAAUACCGUGGUUAGUUUGAUCAUACGUUAUCAAAUCAGCUGAUAUUUUUUUUGGCCUUGAACUAUUAUCACAAUGUAAUCAAACUUCGUGUAAUUAUUAUUAUAUUAUAUUUAUUUAAUACACAAUUUCAACAAAUCGAUUACUGAGCUUUCCGCCUUCAUUUAUUGUCUUAUCUUAAUAAUCUGUUAUGUUUUAAACAGUGAUUAUAUAGUGAUUCUUAUGAAUUAAUACUCUUUGUUUUGUUCUUUAAAAAAUGUAUUAGUGAUUUUACUGAAUAUUUUUAAUUUAAACAAUAUUACUUUAUCAAUGAUUUCCCGUUUUUGGAAUUGGGCUAAUACUUCUCCCGGGAAUCCAGAAUCUGUAAUAACUGCCAACAUGGGCCAAAGCCAAAGGUUAAAAAUUUACCUAAUUAAUAAAUUGUUAGUUCAAUUAAAUUUGUAUAAACGUUCAAAGUUUAGCUAGGAAAAUUUAUAGUUUUUAGAUAAAAAAAAUGUCUGUUAAUUAAAACUUAUUUUACAUUAUCAAUCAUUUAAAUUCCUGUUGUAAUAUUACACAUUAUUUUUAUUUUUAUUAAGUUAUUGAAUGUAUAAGGUUCAAAUAAAUGAUCUUAUUUCAUACGAAUCAUUAAUUUUAUUAAUUUGUAGUUUUGCUAUUCCUAAUAUUUUUUAAUUUCAUAAAAUAACCCUACUCAUUUGUGUGAUACUACCAAAUUGUAUUAAUUCUUCAGAUUUGUUUUUAUAUUUAUUAUAUAUGAUUUUAAAUAAUUAAUUUAAUAUACCUACAUGUUAAAGUUUUACAAUGAGUUAUUGUAUAUUAUUACUUGUUUAAUUUUAAAAAUAUUAAAUUUUUUUUAUUUUAAUACAGAGGUUAAUAUGGACAGACAGGUAGUUCUUUCUGAAAUUUUUUGAAAUCAUCUCAAUAUAAAAUACGUAUUAUCUUAUACAAUAAACUUAAUAUGUGCAGUAGUGCUAUAGCAUUAUUGACAACCAAUAGUUUGUAGGUACUAAUAAAAUAUAAUACAUGUUUAUUUUAGUUACUAAUAUUGAGUAUUUGAUGAUUGGAGCAAUUUAAAAUGGAGAUAAUUUUGUAUCUUUAAUUAGGUUUUAAAUUGUAUAGAAUCUAUAUGAUUGGGUAUAUUAAUGUAAACAUUUUAUUCCGAGUAAAUAGAAAACCCAGUUAUAAUCAUUUAUCCAUUCAAAUAUUUUAUAAUUUUUUUAUUUAUAUUAAUUAAUAAUUGUUUAUUAAUUUGUUUAUAUAUGAUCACUGUUUAUUGUUUUUUUAUAUAUUUAACUAAUAUUUAAAUUUUAUGUGCCUGGGUACUUUAUUAGAAAUUAAAUAUUAUAAUAAUUUGAAUGAGUAGGUCAUUUAAUGUGUUCCAUUUACCUUAGAUAUGUUAAACCAAUAUGUUUAUAUUUAUUCAAUAAGAAUAAGAAUUAGCUUUAUACAAAUUUGUAUUAUUUUUUUGUAGCGGAAGUGAUGAAGUCCCAGAAAAUUCUGGUAAUUUGGUUCGAUCGGGGUCUACUGAUUUAAAUCAAAUAUCUGUAGAUAAUACUGAACGAACCAUUUCAACUAUGCCAAAAAAAAGAGAUAGUAAUAAUAAAGAUAACAUAGUACCUACCUAUCCAGAUGGAUCUAUUAACUAUGAUGGUACUUUUUUAUAAUAUUUCAUUUUAAUAAAUAUUUUAUUUUAGUAUAAUUUGUAUAAUUAUUAAAAUUUUAAUUUCAGCUAUUUAUGAAGAUCAAGAUGAAUCUGAUGGUAAGUAAUAAAUUAAUAUAUGAUACAAUUUGGCUUUUAAGUUUAAUAUUUUUUGUUUUAGUAACUAUGCAAGGUUCAGUUGUUACACAUCUCAUAUCCCAAGUGAAAAUUGGUAUGGAUUUAACAAAAGUUGCUCUACCUACAUUUAUAUUAGAAAAGCGUUCAUUAUUAGAAAUGUAUGCUGACUAUUUAGCCCACCCAGAUUUAUUUCUUAAGUAAGUAUUAUUAAAAUAUAUAUAUAUAAUUUAUACAAAUAGUGUGCAUUUUUAUAUUUUUAAACAGAGCAAAUGAGUUAAAUACACCAGAAGAACGAAUGGUUCAAAUUGUACGUUGGUAUUUAUCUUCAUAUCAUGCUGGUCGAAAUUCUGCUGUAGCAAAAAAACCCUACAAUCCAAUCCUUGGUGAAAUAUUCCGCUGUCAUUGGGAUGUACCCGGAGGUCCAACUGUUGAGUCGGAAUUAUCAAAUGAGGAUAUAGCUCAAAAGGGUUCAGAUACAACUACAGUGAAUGAAGAAGAAAACCCUUUACCUUGGACAGAUCCAGAUCAAUUAAUAUUUCUUGCUGAGCAAGUUUCUCAUCAUCCCCCCAGUAAGAUUAAAUAUGUUAAAACAGUAAUAAUAUAUACAAAGUACCAUGUAAAUGUCCCUAUUUAUAUUUAUGGGUUAAUACAAUUUUCUUUAGCAUAUUGUUUUAAAUAUGUAAAUCCUCAUAAAAACACAGUCUCCAAGCCCAAAGCCAAAUCCAAAGUUAAAAAAUUAUAUUUUUUUUUUUUAGUUUCUGCAUUCUAUGCUGAACACAAAAAAAACAAAGUGACUCUUUGUGCUAAUGUUUGGACCAAGUCUAAGUUUCUCGGGUUAUCUGUUGCUGUACAUCAUGUAGGACAGGGUAUCGUACGAUUAUUAAAACAUAAAGAAGAAUACAUUUCAACAUUCCCAAGUGGUUAUGGCAGGUAUAAUAUAAUAUUAUUAUCUUACUACUGUUAUACUAUUAUGUUAAAAUAUUUUAUUUUUAUAGAUCAAUAUUAACUGUACCAUGGAUUGAGUUGGGUGGAUCUGUAACCAUAACAUGUCCACAAACAGGUUAUCAUUGCGAUAUUGAAUUUCAUACUAAACCAUUCUAUGGCGGAAAGAAACACCGUAUUACAGCAGAAGUUUUUGGACCAAAAACCAAAAAAGCUUUUCUUACUAUUUCUGGCGAAUGGAAUGGUUCUAUGGAAGCAAAAUGGGCUGAUGGUGUAAGUAUAUAUGUAUACAUGUUUAUUGACACAACCUUUGCAAUAUUAUUUUGGAUAACAAUGAAUGUGAUAAUUAUUAUAUACUAAAUAAUAUUUAUUUAUAGAGAACUGAAAUGUUUGUCAAUACAAAAGCAAUUGAUGUUAUCAAAAAAAGAGUACGCAAGGUUUCAGAACAAGAUACUAAUGAAUCUAGAUACAUUUGGAAAGAAGUCACAUUAGGAUUAAAGUAAGAGCUUUAAAGUAACUUAAUUUAGAUUUAUGUUUUUUGAAUACAUACAAUAUAUAAAAUUGAUUAUUCCAAAUUAUAGUUAUCGACAUAAGUUGUUUAGAUUUAUAGAAUUUCACAGUUGUUUUGUAUAAUAAUGAUGUAAUAUUUUUUAUUUUACAAUGAAAAUAAUAUUUAAGGUAUAUAAAAUACAUAACUUAUAAAUGUCAAUAUUGAGUAAGAAUAUACUUUUAUCUUUUAGACUUGUUUUUGCUAAAUUAAUAAUUAUCUAUAGACAAUUUUUUUCUUCUAAUUUACCGUAUAUUCUUGGUCAUAUGCUUUUUUAAAAUCCACAAAAAUUUAAUGUUUUUUUGGAAACCAGUAGUUUUCUAUAAUUCCAUCAGCUAGUGGCUUAAUUUUAUUUAAAAUACAGUGUGAUAAUAUUUUAUAAGUUACAUUUACUAAUGAUUUUCCUCUAUAAUUUUUUCAGUCCUGUUGGUCUCUUUUAUUAUGAGUUGGUAUACCAAUUUUAUUUAAUAUUCAAUAUUUUUAUAUAUUCCAAGUUAUCUGUCAGUAUUGUUUCCAAAUUUAUUUCCUUGAAUUUUUCAUCACAAUAAAAUUACUUACAAAGUCACUAUUCCUAGUUCAUAGUUCGCUAUUUCUUUUAUUAGUCUUAAGGCUGGGUUAGGUUUGAAAAGUCUCCAUACAAUCCAUAUUCCAAAGAUUAUAUCCAGUUUCCUAUGGUUGCAUGUUUUUUCUAGAUAUUAGUUUUUCUAAGUAGUUUUUUUUUAAAACAAUUUUCGGUUUGCUGCAAUUGCUGCUCCUAUUAUAUUAUGUCAUACCAUAUAAUAUGUGGAUUUUUCCUAUGAAAUUUAAAAUGGUAUUAAUACAUAUUGAUAGAAAGUUUUAUUUUUUUUGAUUUGUUGAGGGUAACUUUACUACAGGCAAAAACCAUUACUUAUUUCAAUUUCAAUAUUAUUUAACUGUUAUUUAUUUUAUUUUAAUAUGGUUAAGUAAAUAUUUAAAUAAAGACAAAAGUAGGAUACAGAAUGGAAUUUAAUGUAUAUCUGUAAUCAACAAUCAACGAUUGCUAAUUAAAAUAGGAUUCUGAGUGAAAUUCAAUUGAUAGUGAUGCUAAAGUAUAGAAUAAAGAAAUAUAAUUAAAAGAAUAUAUUGAAAUUGAAAUGUGUUUUAUUUUAAUAUAGCUCAUUCUAUAGUAUUGCUUUGCAUCAAUGUACGUUUCCAUUACAACAAUGAUUGUUUAAAAAAGAUUUAAAUAAUAAAAACUUAAUACCUAAUAACAAAAAAUAAAUAAAAAUUAUUGCCAAUGACAAUCUUAUUAUUAAUCUUUUUUAACCUAAAGAAUAAAGUUCUCUUCUUUAUUAUCUUGAAUAUUUAUGAAAAUUUCAAAAAAUGAUUUCUCUAAAAUACCACCCAGACAACAUUUCCUUUCAGAAAAAGUGUUCACAUAAAACAAAAAACCAAUAUAUUCCUCACUCCGCUCAGAAUCUAAAAUGCAUAAUAUUUUUUAUUGGUUAAUCAAUGGAUAGUUACAUUUUUUUAUAAUACUUUAGAUUAUUUUGAGUAUUAAUAUUUAAUAUCGAAUAAAACAUUAAUAUUAAACAUUUUUACUUAGACAAAUUAUAUUUCUAGAGUGAUGAGAAUGCUUAAGUGGAUGAGUGAAAUGGCAAAUGAAAAUCGCAUAAGAGGUGGCUUAGACGUGGCUUUGAUAAUAGAGCAAAUAGACUUAGACUUGGAUAUGUCACUAGGAGAGGGAAUCAGAAGUAGUAAGCAUUGUAAUAAAAUAAAUGUAGGAAGAGAGGUGGAGAGAAAUACUGAAAAAGACAGAAAAAAGAGGGUUUUGGAUACAAUUUAAAAUGAUGAAAAGAGGAAAUGUAUGCUAGGUGGGAGAUCAGGUCUAGUGGAAGUUUAGAACGAGGAUGACUGAUACCAAACAGUUGGGAUAAGGCAAAGAAGAAGAAGAAAAAAAAUUUACAUUUCUAAAUAAUAAUUAGCCCAUCAACGCUAAAAAUUAUUUAAGUUAAAACUUUGUAUUUUCAUACUACUCAAGAUUAAAAUACAUUUUUUUAAUAAUUUCUUUACUAGUGGAACCAUUUGGGGACGCUCUGCGUUUAUGGGUAAAGAAAGUUGGUCAUAUUAUACUGUUAAAUACAUAAAGUGAAAAUGACAUUUUAUUACCACUAACAAUAAAAGAAAACAUUUUGUUUUUAAUUUUUCCAGGUUUUUUUAAGCCUAAAACACAGGGCUCUUCAAAAAGUUUGACUCGUGCACAAUUUGAAUGUGUCUCAGCCAUGAUAAAAUUUUCUUGGACAAAGACCUUUUUUUGGGUCUAUAGUUUUUUACACAAAAUAUUACAGAUACAUUACACUAAUAUAGAGAAUAUCCUUUUACAAAUUCUGUUCAGUUUGAAAGUAAACAUUAAUAGUAGGUUUUGUAUGCUAUCAAUUUAAAACUGGAUUUUGUAUAUUAUAUACCUUUUUCUAAUUUGUAUUUGUCUUAUAAUAUUCAAUUACAUUUCUAUUGAAUAAAUCACCUUAUUUAUCAAUUAUACUAGAUAUUAAUAAAGUUCAUAAUUUUAGUUUAUAUCAAGAUGUGAUAUUACCCUGGUUUAUAUAACAUGUAAUGAUAGUUAAAUAAUAUUUUACCAUUUUACAAUGCAUUUAGCUAUUAUAUUAUUACAAAUUUAUUGAAUUAAAAUUUUAGAGUUGAUAAUGUAGAUCAAGCUAGUCAAGCUAAAGCUGAAAUCGAACAAAAACAAAGAAAUGAAGCUGAAGCACGAAAAGAACAUAGUGAAGUUUGGAUUCCUCGAGUAAAUAAAAUUAAUGAAUAAAUUUAAUACAAUAUUUAUUUUGUAUAAUAACUUAUUAAAAUGAAAUGUUAACUGUGUUUUUGUUUUAGUGGUUUGUGCAAAAAGGAGAAAGUUGGGAGUAUAAAUGUCCUCUAGAAAAACGAUUAGGUGUUACAUUUGAAUCCAUGCCAUCAUGACAACCCUAAAUUUGAAUUAAAUGGAAAAAUGAGAUUUAAAUAUAUACAUAUAAUGUAUAUUCAUUAUCUAAGUAUUAAUGAUAUAUUUGUUAACAAUUUUUAAGAUAUUUUUGUGCGAUAUCUAUUUUUUUGUUCCCAGUGUAUUUUUAUUUGGCGACUUAAAACAAAUUAAAAAAACAGGUUAUUAGUCACAAUUUUGUUAUAAUCAAAAAAAAAAAUUAACGUAGUAUUUUAUGUAAAUAUGUCUUAAUAGAAAAUUACGUCAUAAUUGUUGUUACCAGCGUUCUUAUUUAUAUUCACUUCGUCUGUGAAUCAGUUACAUAUAAUAUUUACUAGCUUAUUAUUUAGGUUAUUAAGUUUUGGUACUGAUUUUGUUGAUAUUAUUAUAAUAUUUUGUUCAUUAAAAAAAGAUAAAAAUGUAACAUUAUAUUAUACAUUUUAAAAUUGGUUAUAAGUGUCAUUUAUUAUUUAUUUAUACACUUGAUAUCAUAUGAGAGAACAAUAUAAUAUUUAUUAGUUAUCUCAUUUAAAAUUGUGAUUGACCUGGUUAUUUGUUCUUAAUUUAUUAUUAUAUUAUAUUUUAAAAAAAAUAAAAACUAAAUCAUUAUUUAUUAUUAAAAUAUUUGGUCGAGUUUAAUAUUAAACAUAAAGUUAAUCAAUUUAUGUUUGUACUCACAACAAAUUAAUUGCUUAUUAUAAUUUGUAGUUUUUAUUCCCUAGUUACAGUAGUACUUGAUGUCAAUAGGAAAUUAAGUUUUAAUAAUAUAUUUAUUUGUAAUUUUUCUAGUUUUUUAUUUAAACUGAAAUAUGGACAUACAAUUGAAUGGCUACAAGGAAAAACGAUAAUAGAAAAAAAAAAAAUAUAAUAAAUGAGCCAAUUGUAAUAUUAUUUUUUCAUUUGUUUCUGGUAGAAUUGAUAUACAAGUUGAGGCAUACAAAUUACAGUCAGUGAUUUAACAAAGGAUUAAAUAUACGGUUUAAUAUAGUUCUGAAACUUAAAAACUGCAAUACUAAACAUUUUUGGGAGUUUGACUAUUAUUAUUCUUCCCCGUAGCCCUUCAAUUGUGUACAUAAAAAAUAAUAAAGUCAAACUAAAAUUAUUAAAAUGGUUAAUACUAAUAAAUAAAAAAUAAAUGAAUGAAUGCACCGCCUGGAGUAUUAUGAUAAGUGUUUACUAUCAGGUUUAUCACAGUCAAAAUAUAAAACUCGUAUAAUACACUUAUCAUAAUAUACUCCAGGUGACGCAUUAAUUAAUUAAUUAAUUUUUUAUUUAUAUAUAUAUAUAUACAUUUUUUAUUUAUAUAUUUAUUUACUAUACAUAAAAAUAUACAUUAAGUAUUAUCAUUUUUAAUUUUUGAAUAUUUU